AUGGGGCAGGAGGGGAGUCACAGCGAGGCCCUGGAUUUGGCAGAAAUUCAGGAUCUGUGCAUCGUUUACAUGAGGGAGUGUCCGAGCGGAGCCCUGCACCUCCACGAGCUGAAGAGGAUAUUCGGAGUACCGAGCAGCUCUGCAGAGGAGUCCCUCUACAUCGAGACGGUGUUUCACUCCUUUGACACAAACAAGGAUAAUACGCUCGAUUUCCUCGAGUACGUGGCGGCACUUCAUCUGAUCUUCAGGGGAAAUCUGGAGGACCGACUCAAAUGGUCGUUCAAGAUGUACGACAAGGACGGAAACGGCAAGUUGGACCGGCAGGAGGUGAAACGCAUCAUACGGAUUAUUUAUAAAAUCAAGCUGCAGACGAGUGACGUCAGUUUGACCCCGACUGAAAUCUGUGACAGGAUCUUUGACCUGGUCGACCAGAACCACGACGGUCAGAUCACGUUGUCCGAGUUCAUGGAGGGAGCUCAGAAAGACGAGUGGGUCAUGAACAUGCUGAAGCUCGACGUAAACGCCACCGGCUGGGUCAUCCAGAACCGCGGGAAAGUACCGUGA